AUGGGUGGAAGUGGUCCGCCUGCGAGUUCUCAGCAACAUCGUGGCGGUGCGCACCUACCCCUCGGGCAAGGACCAGGAGGCUGCGGCCAAGCGGGCCCUCAUGGAGGCCAAGAUGAAGCAGCGGGGUGCUGCCGUGGUGCCGCAGGCGGGCCGGGAGCUAGACAAGGAGAGCUGGCGGACAUGCGCAAGAGGAAGGCGACGCUGGAGGACGAGGUCAACUUGAGGGAGAUCAAGCUGAAGUGGAAGAACAAGGAGGCCUUUUCGGAGAAGCAAAGCUGGCCCGACCAAUUGGACGGCUCCUAUGUGACCUACGGCUGGGUGCUGAUUUUCAGCACCUUCUUCCGGCAGUUCGCGCUGAUGCUGACCUCGCUGAUCGCGGCGGACUUCCCCCCCUUUGGCGCCGCCGCGCAGUCCAUGGUCUUCAUGAUCAACUUCGCGGCACUGAUCGUGCUCUUCCCCUACAACGCCAGGCUGUUGAACAUUGAGGAGUCCGUGCUCACCGGGUGCAUGGCCUUCUUGACCUUCAUGGCUGCCUUCAAGGAGAUGGUGUCCAAGCACAACCGGGCCAGCCAGUACCAGGGCACCAUCAACGCGACCAGUACUCUCAUUGAUGUCUUGGUGCUGGUGAUUGUGAGCAUCAUCUGCGGCACAAUGGUCUUCAACUUUUACGUGAUCGUAGGCGGUGCGGUGAAGACUGAGUCGGACGACCAGAUCUUGAACAAGGCCUACUUUGAGACUGCGAUGCAGCAAGAGCGCCUCAAGGAAGAAGAGGCAAAAGGCCAAUUCGAGAGGCAGCGGGAGGAAGAGGAACGGCAAGAGGAGGACGAGCACGAGAAGGCCUUCUGGACCAACCCUCUGCAGAACGUGCAGAGGGAGGUGAUCGGUUUGAAGCUGAUACCGCUGGCGGAGCCUGAGUGCGUGGAGCUCGACAAGUGCAUCAGUGCCAUCACCGCGCCAUUUGUCGAAGAGCUUCGGGAGAAGAGGGACGACUUCGAGCGCAGCAUCGUGGACAAGAAGGCGGCGGUGCUGAACCGGGAGCAGAUGGAGGCCGAGGAGCUGCGCCAGAUGCGGUGGGAGGAGUUCCGGCAGAUCAAGGGCGAGAGGUUCUGCGCGGAGAAGGAGGCCAAGGAGCGCGAGUGGAUGCUCCGGGAGGACCCGCGGAUCAAGCACGAGGCCUUCAUGAAGGAGGUCCUCGCAGCCGCCGAGAAGUUCGAGCAGCAGUGCAUGAGGGCGGCAGAGAAGGAGCAGCGCAAGGUGCAGAGACACAACGCCAAGCUGGAGGCCAAUGAGCGCCGAGUGCUGGCCACUGAGGACGUGCUGGCCAGGGAAGUCCGGCUGUGGGACCAGUUGCACGAGCAGGAGCCGGAGCUAAGGGCGCGAGAGCUGAGGAUCAUGGCACAGGAGGAGUUCAAGCAGAAAAACGUGGAUGAGACCAAUCGGCGUAUCGAGGCCAUGUUCUUGGAGCUGAUGCAGAAGGAGGAGGAGCGUCAGCGUGCAGUGGAGGAAUGGGACGCCCGGCUGGAGGCGGAGGCCCUGGAGGCAAUGGAGCGCGAAGAGGAUGAGCAGCGCGAGUACGAGGACUUCCUGGAGACUACGCGCCAGCAGAUCGAAAAGGAACACAUGAGAAGAAGCUGA